UAAUACAAUUUAUACCGACAAAAUAAUUAUAUAAAUACGUAAUUGUAUCGUAAGUGAUUAUUAUUUUAGAGUAGUUUGUGAUUGACAGUCCUGCGUUAUUGUUAACAAACAUAAAACAAUGCAUUUUGUUGUGGUUCUAUUACUUUUGCAAUGUAUGUGGAUAUCCACACUGGCAUGUCCUGAAGGAUGGAAGUACUAUACAUUGUCUGAAGACGUUCCAGGAAAUUGUUACAAGGCCUUUAACCUCAAGGUUUCCUGGGAGGAAGCUGAUAAGCAGUGCAAGAGCUAUCAUAAGAGCAAUUUGGUUGAUCUCAAAGACGCCAAGGAACAGGAUUAUGUAAAAGCGAUUGUAAAAGACAAUCUACUUCCGGCCCUAACCGGUAUAGGCGAUGGAGUUUGGCUCGGUGCAAGACAGAGGUUGGAAGACUGGCAGUGGGUUGGGGGACAGACCAUGGAUAUAGAUACUUUUAGCUGGUUGGCAGGAAACCCAGACAAUGGAGGAUGGCUUAAUGAACUUUCUGAUGAGGAUUGUUUGGAAAUGAAAAAGACAGGGCUGCUUAAUGACUACAAAUGCUUCGAGAAAAGGCCGUUUAUUUGCAAGAUGUCGAAUAUUGAGGUCUUAACCACUCGCGUAGUCUCGAAAAGAACAACAACUACAGAACGUGCUACUGAGAAGAACGCGCAUAUUGGUGCUAAGGCCGCAGUUGGAAUAGUUGCCGGCGUCAUUUGUGCACUUCUGAUUGUUAUCGUAGUUGCUGUCAUCAUUCGGAAGAGAAUGUUUCAACCGAACCUGUAUGACACCCCAAACGCUGUGUCACCAAGCAACAAGCACCUCUACGAUUCUCUCAGCACAAACAAGUUAGCUCGAAUCGAAGAGCUCAACAAGAAAUAUUCUUCAUCGAAACAAACCAGCGAGCCUGAUCACACAUAUGACUCAAUUGCUUUUUCGAUCCUUUAAAGUUGCACUCUCACAGAUGGACUUUUUGACAUAAUUUUUAUUUUUGUGCUGAAAUGAGCCAUUGUUUGCGUGAAUGUCUGGAAAUUAGUGACACAAAACGGAUGACUUAUUAUAAAAACGCAGUUUCCAUAUUCAUGGUUAAAACUUGAUGUUUUGCUAAAAACGUUGCUAACACUUUAGGGAAAUUGCGUUUUUCGGCCGUUUAUCGAACAAUUGAUAUCUGUUCCAUUGGUUUAUACUUAUUUAGUUUAGCUCGAUUGUGACGAAAGCUGACUCUCGAGUCUCUUUCCUGGGCAGAAACCAGUACUGUGUCCUACUCGAGAGGUCAUGAGAAAGUACCCCUGGGGGAUUGAACCCACAACCACUUGGCUGAGAGGCUAAAAAACAUUGAUAUAUCUGUAUUUAUUCAUCUAUUAAUGCAAUUAAUUGCUCACUAAUACACUUAUCAUCGUAUAUAUCAUUUACACUUACUCGUUUUUUUCUUCAAAAGUGUCUUCUUACUGACGUGAGAAACCGUUUUGCUAGGACGAACACCAAACAAAACACGAACAACUCGUACUGUGUCAAUUACUCAAAUCGCCAUAUAAGUUUUGUAAAAGAAUGUGUAUAUGUAUCUAUAUCAAUAUGUGUUGAAUGUGUGAUGUGUUAAAACUUUAAUUUAUCCAAAAGGAUGAAUGAUUAUCGAAAACAGUGGUUCUUAUGAAAGAUAUUGUAUUAAAUUUAAACGAAAGGUGCGGAAAACACAGUAUUUAAACCUUAUGAGACGAUAAUUGAUCACAGUAAAUAUUUUAGCACUCACCAGUAAUUUAAUAUUUGUGAGUUUUUAGCUAUUAAAUACUUUGUUACAAUAUUGUUAUCAGUAAUUAAUAUUUCCCAUAAAUGCAUUAUUUAUGAAGUUGCUAAAUGUUUAUCACUCAAAAAAAAUAAUUUUUAGACAUGUGUUUAUAUUGUAUUUUUUAAAUAAAAGUGUCACUUUAAGUAAAAAAGGGGAGAAUAGCCUUGUCUGAUGUACUAGUUUGGAUAUAUGGUCAUCCAUUAGUCAAUAUCUGACCAAAUUCGCAUAGUGCGUUCUCUUACUUGAACAUUUGUUAUUCAAUUCUUACUACAUUGGGUUAGAAUAUUUAAGUGAAUAUUAUCUAGAACAAAUUCGACUUGCUGCAAAAUAAAAUUUUUACUCUAAAGGUAACUAUA